CGGCCUCCUGAAUUUCCACAUUAAGCUAAUUUUAUUCCCACCCUUUUUCUCGCACAGUCGAAGCGAAGAAAAAUGGAAUAGAAUAGCAGCUCGGAACCCUACAGAUCUUUCGAAGAAGAGUAUCGCAGGCGUCUUAUUCUUCUGGAUUAGGACUUAUCGGAGUGUAUUUGGCAGCUGUGGAUUCUAGUGGCUGCUCAUUGUACGGUUCGGAUUCACGGAGAGCGGUGUUCAUGGAAGGCGGGUUGUUGUCUCGACAGUGUUGGGCUAGGGUAUGGUCGAAUUGAGGCAUUCGUUCUUGCAUGCUGGGGAAAUUAGAGGUUCUGGUGGCUCAAUCUUUGUUUGGGUUUCUAGGGCUUCUGUGGUGCGAGCUGGAUAGAAAAUGUUCUACUCGCAGUUUAUAUUGGAUAAGAAAGGGCCUUUGGGUACGAUAUGGAUCGCAGCUCAUCUCGAGAGGAAGUUGAGGAAGAAUCAGGUCGCGGAUACUGAUAUCGGCUUGUCUGUAGAUUCUAUUCUUUUUCCUGAAGUACCAAUUGCCCUGCGACUAUCUAGUCAUCUUCUACUUGGUGUUGUGAGGAUUUACUCAAAAAAGGUGAACUAUCUUUUCCAUGAUUGUAGUGAAGCUCUUGUGAAGAUAAAACAGGCAUUUCGAUCAACAGCUGUUGAUCUUCCACCUGAAGAAUCAACGGCACCAUAUAAUUCUAUAACUCUGCCAGAAACUUUUGACCUUGAUAAUUUCGAGCUUCCUGAAAGUGCUUUACUCAGUAGCAAUUUUGUUGACCACCAUGUCAGUACUAAAGAUCAGAUUACUCUUCAAGAUACAGUUAAAGGGACUUCACACCCAACAUCAAUGUUCGGAUUGGAUGAGAGGUUUGGGGAUGGUGAUGCUUCUCAUAUUGGUUUGGAACUCGAGCAGGAACUAUUCAUGGACAAGAAUUUCUCACCUUUACAUGCUUCAUUUUCAAUUGUUUCUAAAGAGGGAGGACUUCUUCACGGAGAACCUUCUCUUCCGUCGACUAGCUUGGGAAAUGACAGACAAUUAAAUCACAACGAGGGAAUUUGCAGUGAAAUUCCAAAUGAGUUAUCGGAACUUCUUCGUAACAAUCAAUACAGAGAAGGUUUUUCAAGUUUUGGGGGUUUGAGAAAGAAUGAAGAUAGGAGUCAUUUUCAUAGCUAUAGUAUUCAAACUCCGGACCUUAAUGAAGUGUUUAUACCUGACCAUCAAAUGGCUCCAUCUCCAUAUAUUGCUUUAACCCCAGAAGAAGUUCAAAAUCCACGUUUAGUUGAGCCUGCUCAAGGUCCUUCGACUCCUAGAUUAUUAGAAGUAAUACCAUCCAAUUUUCAAGAAAUUCCUGUUCUUAGUCCUCAAGAAAGAGCUGUUACGCCUGCAGAACCUGGGAGGCCAUGCAGAAGUAGUGGUCCUUUAAUGGAGGUUGAAUAUCCUUUAGCUGUAAAUGAAACUAAGCAUACAGAUGGUCCAGCAAUGGAUCAUAGUUUGGGAGUACCUGCUGAGGGAUUCUCCUCUUCAGUUGAGUUGGAGCAAAGGUCUAGUUCUCUAGCACUGACUCAUUUGGAUGAACAUCUAAGGACACAUAAUAGUUUCCUUCCUUCUGGUACUGAGGAUACGAUAGGUAAAUCAACUGGUAAUGAAACGAAUGAUCUAUCAGUAGCCGACCAGCUGCAAGUCAACAGGGAGGUGUGUCUUCCUUCAGCCAUUUCUGAUCUGCCAGCCAAUCUUGAUUUACAUAUUAAGCCUAUAAAAGUCUUUGGAGCAGAGCCCAUCUCUUCAAGUUUUUCCACUGAUAAUGUGAAUAAAAUAGUUGUUUUGGGAGAAAUUUUUGAUGAAAAAACAACAGCUCCCAAUUGCACAGAACCAUCAAACAUGAGUAAUCCGGAUCAUGCAGGAGACAUCGGUUCUUGUCUCAGUAGAAACACAUCUGCUGCUGCAUCCGGUUUUCUUUUGAGACCAUGCAGCUCAAAUCUGCCUCAGGAUGUAAACUUGCUAGAAAUUCCUGAGCUGUCUUGCAGGGAACAGUUCCCAAUUAGGGAGGAGGCUCCAAAUAUAUGUGAAUCCUCACGUGAGGUUGAAGGUGAUGACUUUCGCUCUAUGAAUUUUGAAGAUUCAAACUUAGAACUGAAGCAGGAACUACAGUACAUGUCCUCUGGUGUUAAAUCUGGUGUCACUGAGCCGCAUGAGCUUUCAGCGUGUGGCCCUUCAAACGUCGGCCAGCCAGAUUGCUUCAAUUGCUCUUCCUCUUCUGAAUUUGUAGAACCUGAGAAGAUUGUCAUUCCAUCACGCAUUACUGAUUUUCCAAAUGAUAGUGGACAGCAACCUUUAGUCAAGGGAGUUGCAGAGUCUGAUGGAAGUGUUGAUAGAUUUAGCACUAUUUCAAAUGUUUUCCGGUCAAAUCACUUAAAUAACUUUUCCAGUUCUGAAUUUCUAGAACCUGAGAAGAUGUUAAAUGUUGAUUUUACAAAUGAUAGAGGACAGCAGACUGCAGAGAAGAGAAUGGCAGAGUCUGAUGGAAAUAUUGAUAGAUCCAGCACUCUAUACAGCAAGAAACGUCGACUAAUGGACAACUCAACAGUCCAACAGACUGGUACUGAAGCUAAGUUGUCUGGAGUUCCAAGAAGCUGGAGAAAUGCUGUUCCCGAUGAUGAUGAUUUAUUGGCAUCCAUUUUAGUUGGAAGAAAGUCUCAAUUAUUGAAAAUUGGAACACUGUUGUCACCUUCGACAGCAUCAUCUCAUAAGAGGCCUCAAACUAUGCCCAAAUUUGGCAUGCUUAAAAGAAGAAAGGUGCUGGUGGAUGGUACUGUGUUUUUGCAUGCUGAUACUAUACGACAACAGCUAGUAAAUACUGGGGACAUUCGUCGUAUUCGAAAAAAGGCUCCUUGCACUAGACCUGAUAUUUGGAGGAUCAAUAUUUACGAGGCGGAGGAUGAAAUUUUUAAAAAUUCUGUGUUAACUGGUGCAACUGCUGAGUUAAACAGUUUGGAAUUUCAGAGAUAUAGUCCGCUGAAGAAUCAAAAUUCUCACGUUAAUACAUACGAAGAGGUAGAUCCUUGCAGGAACUUGCAGUUUGUGAAUAAAGUUAGCGCCAAAGUAUUGGGGGAAAGUGUUCCAACUCCGCUGAGCCGAGAUCAUGUUGGAGGUGAAAAUCUGUUAAUUAUAAAUGGGACUGAUAUGGAGCAUGACCAUGGAGAUUUCAAACAGUUGGUUGUGAAAGAGCCGUUAGAACAGAUGUCUGUUAAUCCUCUAAUGGAACAUUUCAAGGAAGGCCAGAAUGUAAUGAUGUCUGAAAUGGAAGCUGUUGCCUGGAGAGAUUCUCAUUUGAGGACGACAAAUGCCUAUAUUACUGAGAAUGCUGAAUCCUCUCUGCUGAAUCCGCUCCUCGAAAAACAUGAUAAUGAGAACAUUAAUGAGUCGAUGAUUUCUGAAAUGGAAGCUGAUCCGCAGGGAGGUUUUCAUUUGUUGAUAACAGAGUCCUAUAUUGCUGACAAUGCGGAAACUUGUUUAGCCCUUGAGAAACCUCCGGAUGAAAACUUAAAUAUAAUAGGGCAAUCACGGCAUCAUGAAUGCCGGGAUCAUCAAAAUACACCCCUUGGUGACUCAGAACACAUUUCCAUGGAAACAAAAGAUGUUUCUGCAGCUGUGUUUAUGGACUCUGAAUGUUUAAUUCGUGCUGAAGAUGUGAGUAAUGCUGUCAUUACGUCGAGUACGGACAAGGAUAAACAUGUCAAUGCUGCGGAUAUGGAGAAUUCAAAAUGUCGUCAAAUUUUUCUUGCUCGUGGUAUUGAGAUUGAUAAUGUUGCUGCUAACAGUGGGUCAGAAUUCCUACUAGAGGAGACUAUUGGAUCGGCCCAUAAAGGAGGUCACAUUUUAGUUGCAGAAAAUGAAGGAAGGUCCAUACCUGAUACUGCCUGUGCAGAAGUUGAAUGCAUGGCUUCUUUGUCUGCCCCUACUGUACUUGCUCCCUUCACAGUUGAAGAAAAUUCUGUUGUAGAGUAUAACUUUGAGUCUGGUCCCAUAGAGGAGACUAUUGGAUUAGCUCCUGAAGGAGAUGGCCAUAAUUUAGUUGCGGCAAAUGAUGGAAGGUCCAUGCCUGAUGCUUCCUGUGCAGAAGUUGAGUGCAUGGCUUCUUUGUCUGCCCCUACUGAGCGUGCUCCCUUCACAGUUGAAGAAAAUUCUGUCGUAGAGGAGUAUAACCUUGAGUCUGGUCCCAUAGGUUUUGCUGGAACACGUGAUUCUAGUGAUUUUUGCGGUGCAAUUGAUGACAACCAUGCUGAACUUUUAAAUGUGGAUGCUGAAGCGGACUUUGUAGCAGAAGAUGGCGCACCUAAUCCUGAGGCAACCAAAUUACUCGAGAGCAGUGGCUGGUCCGUUCGAACAAGGGGCGUUGCAAAAUACUUAAAAAACUUGUUUUAUGAAGAAUCUGUGCUUGGGAAAAAAACUGUUGCAGUUGACCGUCUUUUAUUUGGCAAAACUCGCAAAGAAGCAUCGAGACUGUUUUUCGAAACCUUGGUCCUAAAGAGCAGGGACUACAUUCUAGUGGAGCAGGAAACUCCUUUUGCUUACAUUAAAAUCAAGCCUAGAAUAAAGCUUCUGCAAGCUGAAUUCUGAUUCUCAUCAGCUGAUAGAAAUUUAUAAACCAGCCCAGUUUUAUCACUUCUGCUAAAAUUACUCCUAAUUUGUUAAAGGUAUCUCUUUUUUUUAUUUAUUUUUCCCCCACAAUUCCUCCCACUAAUUUGUUAGCAAGGGAUGAAAGAAAGCAUGUGCAGCUUGUUUUUUUUAAUUAUUAUUUUAAAUAAUUUGAUGCUGUGUAUAUAUGUGUUACAGUCUCUUUCUGUAAUUAUAAAAUCUUCAGGAGGUUUUGUUUUCUUAUGAAUUUUGUUUUGCUCUUUGAUUGUGGAGUUUUGUUUGGAGCUGGAUCUGC